CAGUGCCAUUGCAUGAUGCAUGUCAUGAUGCUAUAAACCAUCUUGCCGUAUAGCAACGAGAUUCCCCCGCUACCCUCACAAGACGUCCGGUUUCCUUGAAUUCAAAGAAUUCCCCAAUCCGAACUCGAUUAUCUAAAGGUUUCUCGUAUUAGCAAUUCUGCACGCUAAUCCACAUCCGGCCAGCUAUACGGCAGUUAACCACUUGCCACUACUUACUCACUCAUCGAUCAGCAACCUCCUUCAGGACCUCUGUCCCCUUCUGUGUCCUUCUGUGUUCGUUGCACUCUCGUUGUACUCAGUUGUCUGCUGCGACAGCGUAUAGGCCGACCUCUUGGAUGCGAGUUAGCCUAUAUGCCUGACCAGUCCGGCCGCACCUCGUCCAGAGACUUUGCAUUUCAAAGCACUGACCAAGCUUUCGGAACGUCCAGCAGCUCCAGCUAUUCGACCCACAACCACGAACGCUACUAUGCGGAGGGGAGUACAAAUGCUGCCAGCGUGCCGCCGUCAUCGAAUCACGCGCCGCAGCAGGACGCUUCUUCCCUAAGAUUCCAGGACUACGCCCACCAACAGAGCCCUCUCCAGUCCCAAGCUCCGAACCAGCUCUCCAGCUACAGCUUCAGUCCCGGAGGUCCGCUUGUUUGGGACUGGAGCAACUCAAUUGAGUUCUCCGACUUUGCGAACCAGUACGAGCCGCAGGGCGAACUGGUCCAGGAGCUCCAGAAUCAACCUGCUUCCUCCGACUUCAGCAUACCGCUCCCCGUGACAACAGCUGAUGCGGUAUACCAGUCGCCACAGCAGAUCUCAAGCGCGCCGGCAACAACUGUUCAGAAUCCACUUUCCCCACCUCCGCCACCUGCCAAAUCUUCGCAGAAGCCCGCCCUCCAGACGGGCAUGAAGAGGAAAGCUGAGUCGGAACCCAAUUCAGCAGUGUCUCAGUCUGCCAGCUUCUCCGCAGAGCUCCAGCAGCCAGCCACGAAACGCGCGAACAAGUCGCGCUCGUCGUCACAAGCUUCGAUCACGUCCCCCGCGGUCGCAGCUGCCACCGAAACCCGACGAUCGUCCAUGACCCAAUCAGCCACAGCCACAGCCGUCGUGGCUACCGAAUCUGCACAGCCUGCCAGCAAUAGCAACACCACCAGCGCUGAGGCACAACGAAGGAAGGAGCCGAGCAAGGGCACUGGACCACAGGGAAGAGUUAUUGAUGUAUCAAAGCCGCGAAGGAUAGUGGAAUCCCCCGCGGGAGGCGAUCAGCUUCCUUCAGGGAAAGUUUUUCCAAUACAGAUUGGGUCUGAGUUGUUCAGGUUGUCUGGGGCAUCUAUCUCCUCUGAUGCACCCUCAUACUUCUCCCAUUUCUUUGGGGAGCAACUCCAUAACAAUCUGGGUCGAGCUGGUGACUUGAGAACCCUCUACAUUGACCGCGAUCCAGACACUUUUCGCGAUAUUGCGUUACACCUACAGGGAUACCACGUCAAGCCUCGAGAUGGCGAGCACUUUGUCCGCUUAUUCGCUGACGCACAGUUCUACUCACUUCCCCGCCUCACCAAAAGUCUGUUUAGCACUGAUAUCUUCAUUCGUAUCGGCGAUACCCCCUUCCAAAUUCCACGUGAUUUGUUCUCUAGUCCAGGCGAUAGUCCGAAUUACUUCUCAUUAGGCUUUGCGCAUUUCUUCUCAACUCCGUCUGAGGUGUUUCCAGGAUUAGAUCGCAAUGCACUACUUCGUCCGCCGAUGAUCCUACCUCCAGCGGUACCUAGUCGGAGUGGAGAGACGUUUGCAGAGUUGAUUAAGGUCCUCCAAGGCUACGAUAUUGAGAUCAGGAACGAGAAGCACCGAGCAGAACUGUUAAGAGAUGCACGGUACUUCCAUCUGAAGGGACUCGAACAGAAACUUAUCCCUUGCGACAUCUCGUACAAUCUCAAACGUAAUCGAUCCGAAAUUCUCAUUCGGUUAGAAGAUAUUCGACAGUCUGGUGUAUCUUUUACCCCUGAUGGACCACCUAGCAACUCUAACUCAGGUUCCACGUCCAGUACCUCAGCGUCCGCAACAGCUCUCUCUCCCGCCCCUGGCAACAUCAGCAAACCCACGAGCCCGUCUCCUUCCCUUCAGAGCUCGCACCACCCGCGCUCAGGCACGGUGUCCUACGCCCGUCCGUACACAGACGACCACGCCAACACAAACACUCUCAUCCUCGAAAUCUCUGCUCAAGAAUCAACAAGCCUGCACUUCCCCACGUACCCCCCAAUCCGCACCUCCUCCAACCUUCCAACGCUAAAUCUCCGAGCCACAUUCCACUCCUCCACCCUCGCGAGAAUAACAUCCCUCUUCUCUGUCAUAGCCUCCAAAAUGGGCCUCCCAGCCACUCAACCCCUCGGCCUCAUGAUGCUCGCGUCCGGCGGCGGCGUCGCCGCACAACCCGUUUCACCCGCUAACUCGGGCGUUAGUGAGCGCCGGGUUCGCGUCCGCUGGGAUGAAGACUGCGAUGUGGAAAUUGAUAAUGAAAGCGUUGAGCUCGGUGUAGAUCCUAAUACGGGGCGUGUGGGUGUGAAACGUGUGGAUGUUGACAAUAACCACAGACAUAAACGCGUUAGAGUGUCGGUUGAAAGUAAUGAUGAGGCUGAUGCGGGGGUAGAGCGGGAGCUUGAUAAAGGAGAUUGGAUAUGGGGUGGUGCAAGGCCGGAGGAGGGGGAGGAGGAAAUGGAGUGGGUUGUUAAGAGAGCGCAUUGGAGACUUCGUGUUGAGCCCGUAGAUCCACAAGAAGGCGGGAAUAUUAGCAGUGGGAGUGGUGGUGGGAAGAUGCAGGUUGUGCUAUGCGGCGUCAAAAUCCAAGGUAUCAGUGUCGAACGGUCGAGAAAUCGACAACGCGCUUUUUUGAGUGGGGGUUCCGGGUAAUACUAUCCUAUGCUGCGAUGGGAUGGGGUUACUUGAGUUUGGUAUGAAUUUCGCUUCUUCGACCCCUUCUGCUGGGGGUCUUGCGACUGGUUCUCGCACUUCAGCAAUACUUUGAUACCAGGCUUGGUUUGAUUUGAUGGAAUUGUGACUGACAACACUUUAUCUGACAUUGGCGUUUCUUGAAGGCAAGGGCAGGAGUGUCGAUGGCAUCGAUCAAAUGGAUUCCUAUCUACGCUUUUCUUUCCUUCCUUCUGCUUCAGCUUCAGCGGCAUUGUAUCAUGCAUCCAAGAUGAAUGCAUCUGUUAUGCAAACAACUUUUUUCACUUUCAUUUCUCAACACUGCACAGCAUUUUGGCGGAUAGCUUGGCUUAGAUUGCAGCUCUUGUCUGUAUGUAGAUCCAAUAAAGAUCAAGAUUGAUGU